CCUGAUUUCUUCUCCAUGUCCAGCAGGGCACCCGUCCUCGCCACCUGUGGUGGACACCGUGCAUGGCAAAGUGCUGGGGAAGUUCGUCAGCUUAGAAGGAUUUGCACAGCCUGUGGCUGUUUUCCUGGGAAUCCCUUUUGCCAAGCCCCCUCUUGGACCCCUGAGGUUUACUCCACCGCAGCCUGCAGAGCCAUGGAGCUUCGUGAAGAAUGCCACCUCUUACCCUCCUAUGUGCUCCCAAGAUGCCGUGGCAGGGCAGGUACUCGCAGAGCUAUUUACAAACCGAAAGGAGAACAUUCCUCUCAAGGUUUCCGAAGACUGUCUUUACCUCAAUAUUUACACUCCUGCUGACUUGACCAAGAAAAACAGGCUGCCGGUGAUGGUGUGGAUCCACGGAGGGGGGCUGGUGGUGGGUGCAGCAUCAACCUAUGAUGGGCUGGCCCUUGCUGCCCAUGAAAACGUGGUGGUGGUGACCAUUCAAUACCGCCUGGGCAUCUGGGGAUUCUUCAGCACAGGGGAUGAACACAGCCAGGGGAACUGGGGUCACCUGGACCAGCUGGCUGCCCUGCGCUGGGUCCAGGACAACAUUGCCAGCUUUGGAGGGAACCCAGGCUCUGUGACCAUCUUUGGAGAGUCAGCGGGAGGAGAAAGUGUCUCUGUUCUUGUUUUGUCUCCAUUGGCAAAGAACCUCUUCCACCGGGCCAUUUCUGAGAGUGGCGUGGCCCUCACUGCUGUUCUGGUGAAGAAAGACAAUGUCAAGCCCUUGGCUGAGGUAGCAAUUAUUAUCAAUUAAGCUGGGUGUCAAACCACCACCUCAGCUGUCAUGGUCUACUGCCUGCGACAGAAGACGGAAGAGACUUUGGAGACAACAUUGAAAAUGAAAUUCUUCUCUCUGGAUUUACAUGGAGACCUCGGACAGAAUCACAGGCACUGCAUUGCUCUCUCCCAGAGUCACCCUUUGUUUACCACCGUGAUUGAUGGGGUGCUGCUGCCGAAAACACCCGAAGAGCUUCAAGCUGAAAGGAAGUUUCACACUGUCCCCUACAUGGUCGGAAUUAACAAGCAAGAAUUUGGCUGGAAUCUUCCAACGUCGAUGGGCUAUCCACUCUCCGAAGAAACUGGACAGAAGGCAGCCAUGUCACUCUUGUGGAAGUCUAUCCCCUUGUUUCUAUUUCAGUACAUUACUAAGGAAUUGAUUCCAGAAGCCACUGAGAAAUACUUAGGAAGACAGGUGACCUGUCAAAAGAAAGACCUGUUCCUGGACUUGAUAGCAGAUGUGAUGUUUUGUGUCCCGUCUGUGAUUGUGGCCCGGCACCACAGAGAUGCUGGAGCGCCCACCUACAUGUAUGAGUUUCAGUAUCAUCCAAGCUUCUCAUCAGACAUGAAACCCAAGACAGUAAUAGGAGACCACGGUGACGAGCUCUUCUCUGUCUUUGGGGCCCCAUUUUUAAAAGAGGGUGCCUCAGAAGAGGAGAUCAGACUUAGCAAGAUGGUGAUGAAAUUCUGGGCCAAUUUUGCUCGUUAUGGGUGAGGCUGUUACCUGAAG